AUGGCAACGUCGCGAGAUUACAGUAAAUCAGUGAUAGCCGCAUCGGACGAAAUCAAGGACAUAUUUUGUGAACCCUGUGUUGGUGAUGGAAAACAGAUAGAAGCGGAAGGAUUCUGUGUGGACUGUUUAGAAUAUCUGUGUGGACAAUGUUAUAACAGUCACAGGAGGUUUAAAGCGUUCAAACACCAUGUGCUCCAGGAUAAGAAAAAUAUGCCUGUUGAUGUAGCAAGAACAGAUGUACUUGAUGUGUGCGUAGAAAAGUGUUCUAAACACCCAACAAAGGUUACUGAAUACUUUUGUCGGUCAUGUGACACACUUGGAUGUAGUGCAUGCAUCACUACAAACCAUCGCGUAUGCCAAAAUGUCGACCACGUACCAGACAUCGUUAAAGAUCUAGAAAAUAAUGAGGAAUUCAAAACGUUUGCUGAAUACUUUGAUAAAAAGCUGGCGGUGCUAAAAGAAAGAAAGGACACAAUUAACUCAAGAAAAACUGAAGUAGAAGAAAUGAAAAAGCAGGCAAAGGCAGUGCUUAAAAAACAGCGUGAAAAGAUAAACAAGUUUUUCGACCAUCUUGAGGAUGAAAUGGAAAAUGAGAUAACGGACAUUGACAAAACUAACAAGGAUACAUUAAAAGCAGCGUCAGAUAGAUGUAAUAUCAUAGAUGAUGAAUUAAACAAAAUGAAAACUGCUAUCGAGACAAAAAGAAAAAACGGCCAAAAAUGUGAACUGUUCAUAAAAAUGAAAAGAUCGAAACCGGAAAUUGAAAAGCUUGACAGUCAGUUUGAAAUGCUAUAUGAAAAGAGCAAAGUACAAAGAUAUAAACUAGUGCAAUCCACACAGACAGAGGAAAUAAUGAAAAACACAACUGAAAUAUGCAGAAUGUUAACUGCAAAACUUGUUUCAGAGAUUGAUGUAAGCUCUUGCAAAGACAAGGAAAAACCAGUUAUAAAUGGGAUAUCCGUGGUACAGAGGCACUACCUUGCUGUUGCAGACAAUAACAAUAAAGCAGUGAAGAUAAUCGAUACUAGAAAUGACAAAGUAACAUCUGAAAUAAGUUUGGACUGCGUUUGCAUAUGGAGUGUCACAAAUGUCAAGGACGAUCAAAUUGUAGUUUCACUGCCAUCAUUUAAAACUAAAUUCCAGAAUAAUCUUCUCACUCUCACUGUAUCAGCGUCCGGUGCGCUAAGUAAAGGUAACGUGAUAACAACUGCAUAUCCAGCUUACGAUGUUGUUGGCGUUGCACAACUCCUCUAUGUGUUACAUAACACUGAAAUCAAAGCGCUCGAUAUGUAUGGAAAUAUUCUGAAAACAAUAGGAUGUGGCUACAUUUCCCUUCCUUCUACAGCUGCAAGUCCCGACAAGAAAACUAUGUACUUAACAGACUAUCUCAAUAACAGGGUAACGAGUAUGACCGUGGAAGGCAAGAUCACAACAGCCUACAAGGACAAUGACCUUGAACGUCCCUUGGGUAUAACAGUCGACAAUGGUUUUGUUUAUGUAAGAAGUAAGGGAGGCAUUCAUCAGUUGACAAAGGACUGUACUAAGGUUCAAAUUAUCUUAGACGACGUGCUUGGUAAAGGUAUAACCCAUUCUGAUGCAGAUAAUAGACUCUAUGUGGGAGAACUUGAGAAAGUGAAAGUGUAUGAACUGAAGUAG